AUGCCGGCGCCAGACACCAAAGACGUCCACGAGCAGCUCAACAAAGCGCGCAAACAUACCGGAAAGCCAUUGACAAAUGUGGUCGGUGACGGGACUGGCGGCAUCGGCGUCGGCAUCGCCCUCCUCCUAGUCGACCUCAUCAACGACAUCGAGUUCGAAGGGAACGAAUACAUGGUCGAACAUGCCAAGGAGAUGGCGCCGCGGAUCAAGGACAUGGCGCAGGAGUGCAGGGAUCUGGGUGUGCCGGUUAUCUAUUGUAAUGAUAACUUUGGGAAGUGGCGAUCGAACCUGGAGCAGAUAUACGACACGAUAGCGUCGGGAGAUACACCAGGCAGCUCGGUUGCGCAACUGCUUAAGCCGUCAAAGGACGACUACUUCAUCCUCAAGCCGAAGCAUUCUGCAUUCUACGCCACAGCGCUCGAGUCCCUCCUCACAUAUCUGCAGGUGAAGAGUCUCAUCAUAGUGGGCAUGGCGGGGAACGUGUGCAUUCUAUUCAGUGCAAACGAUGCGUACAUGCGCGACUACGCCCUAUACGUCCCGCGAGACUGCAUCGCCUCAUCCUCCCGCGAAGAAGCCGAUGCCGCCAUCCUGCUCAUGGACCGCGCCCUCGGCACCUGCACGAAACCAUCAACCGAACUGAAUCUGCGUGAGCUCGUGCAGGCGCACGAGAAGAAGGGGUUGGCGAAUGAGAAGGAGUUGAAGAAGCGGAGGGAGGGUAGUGCGGAGAAGGAGGGGGAUGGGAAGAAGGCGAAGACGGGGUUGGCGUCGGAUCCGGGGGCGGUGGCGUAA